AUGGAGAUGGAUAAUAAGGAAGAUCCCAGCGGAGGCUCUAGCAGUCUGGAGGAGCUGCAAUCUGGCACGAGGGCAGAGGAGCAGUCAUCGCCCCGCGGGCCCGACUCUUGCCCCUGCGUCUGGGCUCUGCAGAGCUUCCCUCUGGUUCCUGUUGGCUUUGACACCGAGCUCUCUCUGCAGGGCAAAAACCUGGACAUAUUUGAGGAUGAGGAAGAUUAUGCUUGCGUGCUGGUCAUCGAAGGCCAGGAGCUGCGCUUGCCAGCCACGUUGGACCGCAGCAAAGAGACAGGGACGCAUGUGUUCAAGUGUGCCGCUCAUCAGUUUCGGUAUUCAGGAAAGCAGUUUGAAUAUUCCGCUCCUGUAUAUCUGCAAUGGGGGACGCAGCGUAUAGACUCAGCACCACAUCUCCGCUUGCAGCUGUAUGACUGCUCAGUGGGACAGUCCGACUGCAGCCAGUGUCGUGCGGUUGCUGCCAAUUACGGAUGUGUGUGGUGUGCCGAUGAAACCCCCGGCUGUGUGUAUAACCAAUCCUGCACCAGUGGAACCAUGGACACCUGUCCUCCUCCUCUAAUUACUGAGGUUGAGCCGCUGACUGGGCCACUGGAGGGCGGCAUCCUGCUGACUAUCCAGGGAUCGAAUCUGGGCCAGAGCUUCCAGGACAUCCAGGCAGGAGUGACGGUGGCAGGAGUGACCUGCACACCUCUGCCUGAGGCCUAUCGCAUUUCCAACAGCAUUGUGUGUGAGCUCCAGGCCAGCGCAAAUGUCACAGCCGGACCGGUCGUCAUCACCGUCAGAGGUUCAGAGAAAGGAGAGUCCCCGCAGACGUUCUCAUAUCAGAAUCCACAGCUGAGCAGGAUUGUGCCGGAAAAAGGGCCUUUAGCUGGGGGCACGAUGCUAACGGUCCAUGGGACGCAGCUCCUGACGGGACAACGAACAGAACAAAGGAGCGACCAAAUCACUGGCCUGCAGGCCUUCUUGGGCUCAAAGCCCUGUCGCAUCAAUGAAGUGAGUGACACAUGGCUGAUUUGUCGCACCAGUCACUCCAACCAAACUGGAAGAGUGCCAGUCAAAGUAGUGUUUGGAAAAGCCGAGAGGAUUUUGGAUCGUGUUAUUUUCAGCUAUAUGGAAGACCCAGUGAUUACUGAUGCAACACCUAUGGAGAGUUUCUAUGGGGGUGGGCGUCUUAUAUACGUGACCGGCCAAAACCUGAAUGUCGUUCAGCAGCCGAAGAUGUCAGUCUCUUAUGAGCCUAGAGAGAGGUCAGAAGUCAGAAGACGUCGACACACCAACGUUUCUGUGAGGAAUCCCUUGGUUAUGAUUCAGGAGUUGUGCACCAAUGUGACCUCCGAGAGGAUGAUUUGCAAGAGCCCUGCGGUGGAGCCGAAGUCCAGGAUAGUGCGAGUGUGGUUCGAGAUGGACAAUGUGCACAUCGACUUUCCCACCAUCAAGAACAAGCCGUUCACGUACCACCCAAACCCAGACUUAUUCCAGCUCAACAGUGAGUCACGAGGAACACCUAUCCGAUUCAAACCUGGAGGAGUCCUGGCAGUAGAGGGUAAGGGACUGACACUGGCUAUGAGCAGAGAGGAAGUUGUGGCCCGGCUCGGGGACAAAGAGUGUGAUGUCAAGACUCUGGAUAACACACACCUGUACUGCGAACCACCUGAGGAACAGCCUCUCGCCCUGGACGACAGUGACUUACCCACACUGAAGGUGUUAAUGGGAAGCCUGCCGUUUGACUUGGGUCCAGUGCAGUAUGACAAUGAUUUACACUCCUCGGUGCCUCUGGCAGCUCAGAUCGGUCUUGCAGCGGGGGCCGCGGUGGUCGUUCUCAUCGUGCUGGUUAUCAUUCUCAUGUACAGGCGGAAGAGUAAACAAGCUCUGAGAGACUAUAAAAAGGUUCUGGUGCAGCUGGAGACUCUGGAGAUAAAUGUUGGAGACCAGUGCAGGAAAGAGUUCACUGAUCUGAUGACGGAGAUGAUGGAUUUGAGCAGUGAUGUUGGGGGUCCUGGCAUCCCCUUUCUGGAUUACCGCACAUAUGCAGAGCGUGUUUUCUUCCCUGGCCAGAAGGGUGCGCCGCUGAGUCAGAAUCUGGAUUUGCCUGAUUCUCGCAGACAGACGGUGGAGCAGGGCCUGGGUCAGCUCAACAACCUGCUCAACAACAGACUCUUCCUUAUACGGUUCAUUCAUACUCUGGAGGCACAGCAGAGUUUCUCGCAGAGGGACAGAGGUUACGUCGCGUCUCUUCUCACGAUGGCCCUUCAUGAUAAGCUGGAAUACUUCACGGAUGUCAUGAAGACCCUGCUGGGGGAUCUAAUGCAGCAAUACGUGGCCAAAAACCCCAAACUCAUGCUGCGCAGGACAGAGACUGUUGUGGAGAAGAUGCUGACCAACUGGAUGUCCAUCUGUCUCUACUCAUUUCUUAAGGAGGUUGCUGGUGAGCCUCUCUACAAGUUGUACAGGGCUAUUAAAUACCAGGUGGAUAAAGGACCAGUAGAUGCAGUGACGGGCAAAGCCAAACGCACUCUCAACGACAGCCACCUGCUCCGAGAGGACAUUGACUACUGCUCAGUGACUCUGACAGUGCUGGUGAAGAGCGGUGUGGAGGUCCAGCCCUGUCCUGUUAAAGUUCUGGACUCUGACACCAUCACUCAGGUUAAAGAUAAAAUCCUGGACCAGAUUUAUAAAGGAGCACCAUACUCCCAAAGACCAGCCGCAGACUCCCUGGACCUUGAGUGGCGAUCGGGCCAGGCGGGUCACCUGACUCUUUCUGAUGAUGAUGUCACAGCCAUCGUUCAGGGUCGCUGGAAACGGAUCAACACCUUACAGCACUACAAGGUGCCUGAUGAGGCCACUGUGGCUCUCAUCCCUCGUUCCCAGAGUUCUCUUGGAGUAAAUCAGUUCUAUCAGACUGGAGAGAAAACUCCCAUGCUGGAGGGAGAGGAGGAGGAAGGUCUUCGUCUAUGGCAUCUGGUGAAGCCGAGCGAGGACCCCGAGAUCCCCAAACACAGGAAGAGCAGCAUGAGAGAGAGGGAGCGGGCAAAAGCCAUUCCUGAGAUCUACCUUACACGACUGCUUUCUAUGAAGGGCACUCUGCAGAAGUUUGUAGAUGAUGUCUUUGUAGCCAUACUGAGUAGGAAACGGCCUCCACCCAUCGCUGUCAGAUUCUUCUUUGACUUCCUGGACGACAUGGCGGAAAAACACGGGAUUGAUGACCCAGAGACCGUUCACAUAUGGAAAACAAACAGUUUACCUUUGCGUUUCUGGGUCAACAUCUUGAAGAAUCCUCAGUUCGUCUUUGACGUGCAGGUGACGGAUAGCGUGGAUGCCGUCCUUUCCGUUAUCGCACAGACCUUCAUUGAUUCCUGCACUACAUCCGAGCACAAAGUGGGCCGGGAUUCUCCAGUGAAUAAGCUGUUGUACGCACGAGAAAUCCCACGAUACAAGCAGCUGGUGGAGAGGUACUACAGUGAUAUUCAUAACGCCGUGUCUGGCUGUUACCAGGAAAUGAAUUCAACCCUCACAGAGCUGUCAGGGAGCUUUGCAUCCGAGAUGAACAGUUUGGUGGCAUUGCAUGAGCUGUACAAGUAUAUCAACAAAUACUACGAUCAGAUUAUCAUGUCUCUGGAAGAAGACGCUGCGGGUCAGAAGAUGCAGCUGGCGUAUCGGCUUCAGCAGGUUGCCGCCCUGGUGGAGAAUAAAGUCACUGACCUUUAGGCUUUGACCUUUCACCUUGUCAUCUA